UCCACUGAAGAAAGCUUGAAACGAUUCCCAUGGAAGGAAGCCAAACAUCCUCUUCGUUAACGCUCCUGUAAACUUGGUAUAUUCUCUCGCUCUAAUACCAUAAAGAUUGUGUUUGUUCAAUCACCAUCACCAUUUCUUCAUAAAGUUAGAAGCGCCCCGUGAUCUAUUCUCUUUGCUCCAACAGGAAUGGCUGCACAAAUAGAGCGUAGUAAUACGAUUGAGAACCAGCAAUUGGGGGAUCCUCGUACACCGAUAUUCACAUGGAGAAUCAACAACUUUUCUACGUUGACGGAAAGAAGGCUCUACUCAGAAUUUUUUAUUAUUGGUGGUCAUAAAUGGCGGCUUCUCAUUUUCCCGAAGGGAAACAAUGUCAAAUAUUUUUCUAUGUAUUUGGAUGUUGCAGAUUCAGCAAGUUUACCAUCUGGGUGGGGCAUUCAUGCAGGCUUCAGCUUGGGUGUGAUUAAUCAAAUAAAUGUCAGCAACUCAGUGAGGAAAGAGACCCAACACCUAUUCAAUGCUAAAGAAAGUGAUUGGGGUUUCACAUCUCUUAUACAUCUUGAUGAACUAUACAACCCUCGAAAAGGUUAUGUUGUGAAUGAUACAUGUAUAGUGGAAGCCAAGGUUGCUAUUCCUAAUAAUGUUGCCAAGCUGACCUCUGAUCCAAAGGAGACUGACAUUGUUAGUCUGGAAAGACAAGGGGUGACUGGUUACAUAAAUUCUAUUCUCCAGAUCCUAUAUCACAUUCCAUACUUUAGAAAGGCCAUUUAUAGCAUGCCGACGACAGAGUAUGAUAUUCCAUCUACAAGUAUCCCUCUGGCUCUGCAGAGUUUAUUUUACAACAUCCAGCAUAGCGAUAGAAGUGUUGCAACAGAAGAGCUUAGCAAAUCCUUUGCAUGGGAAAAAGAUGACACUUUAAUGCAGCAUGAUGUGCAAGAACUUAGUAGAGUUCUUUCUGGAAAGCUUGAAAACAAAAUGAAGGGACCUGCUUUGCAGAGUACCAUACAACAGUUAUUUGAGGGUCAUUAUGUGAAAUACAUUGAAUCCACCAAUGGAGCCUAUAAAUUGACUAGAAAGGAGACCUUUUAUGACCUUGAGCUUGAUGUCAAAGGUUGCCAUGAUGUUUAUGCAUCUUUUGACAAGUAUAUUGAGCUUGAGCGCCUUGAAGAUGACAAUUAUCAAACUAGACAAUAUGGUUUGAAGGAUCCUAAAAAGGGUGUCUUGUUCACAGACUUCCCGCCUGUUCUUAAGCUUUGCCUAAAGAGGUUUGAAUAUGGUUCCACAGGGGAAACAAUGAUGAAGAUAAAUGACUAUUAUGAGUUCCCUUUGCAACUUGAUCUUGAUCGAGAGAAUGGGAAGUACUUGUCACCUGAUGCCAAUAGGAGAAUUCGUAACCUCUACAUGCUUCACAGUGUUUUAGUGCACAGUGGUGGGGCACAUGGUGGACAUUACUAUGCCUUUAUAAGGCCAACUCUUUCUGAUGACUGGUAUAAAUUUGAUGAUGAAUGGGUGACGAAAGAAGAUAUGAGGUGGGCUUUGGAGGAGCAAUAUGGUGUCAAACAAGAGACAAACCCUGGAUUGAAUGAUACUCCAAACCAUUCAAGUGCACACAUUUUGGUGUAUGUACGGGAAAGUGACAUGGAGAAAAUAUUCUGUAAUGUGGAUGAGCAAGACAUUCCAGAAAAUAUUAGGGAAAGGUUGAGGCGUCACCAUGAAGAAAAAGUGCUCAAGAAUAAAAAAAUAGCUGAGGCUCAACGUCAUACCAUUGUAAAGGUUGCACGUGAUGAAGACCUUGUAGAGCAGAUUGGGCAGCAUAUAUAUUUUGAUCUUGUCAAUCAUGACAAAGUUAGGAGUUUUCGUGUUCAAAAGCAGAUGCAGUUUAACCACUUCAAGGAGCUGGUGGCCAAAGAGUUUGGUAUUCCUGUGCAAUUUGAGCGUUUUUGGUUGUGGGCAAAGCGUCAAAAUAAUACAUACCGUCCUUUUCGACCUCUGACGUAUUUGGAGGAAACAACACCAGUUGGGGAUUUGGCGAUUCUAUCUGAAAAAGGUCCCAAUCCAGAAUUGAAGUUGUUCUUGGAAGUGGAGCUUGGAUCAAAUUUUCAGCCUAUACCUCCCCCUAGAAAGAUAAAAGAUGAUAUUUUGCUUUUCUUCAAGCUAUAUGAUCCUGAGAAAGAAAAUCUACGUUAUGUGGGAAGAUUGAUUGUGAACGUUACUGGUAAGCCUACAGAAAUAUUGUCGAAAGUGAAAGCAAUGGCUGGCCUUGCUCCUGAGGAGGAUGUUGACUUUUAUGAGGAGAUAAGGUUUGAGCCCCAUGUCAUGUGUGAACCCAUUGACAAGAAUUUCACAUAUCAAUAUAACCAGCUUCAAGAUGGGGAUAUAGUUUGUUUUCAAAAAUCUCUUCCAGUUGAAAGUGCUGACCAAUUCCGCUAUCCAAAUGUUCAUUCAUUUUUGGAAUAUGUGCAUGACCACCAGGUUGCUCCUAAAAGCAUUUCAACUCAGCCCAUUUCAGAUGCUGAUAUUGAGGCCACUUACAACCAGGCUGGAGAGGUUGCAAGGUCUAUUGCUAGUUCCUCCACUUCACUUCUGCCUCUGUCAAGUGUAGAUGAAGCCACAAACCAAGAGGUCCUCCAGUUCUUCAAUCUACUCGAGGUGCCCUUCGAAGAACUAGCAACCUCCCGAUCUUCAGAGUUGCUGUCUUGUAUGACCAAAAUUCAGACCAUUGCGGCAACAGUGUUUACUGAAGAUCAACAAAAGCAACUGAAUGAGAUGGCUGACCAGCUUCAAUCCAAGGUCGACGGAGUUCAACUUUACCAUGAUGAAAUAAAGGCUAAGAAUGACUAUAUUGCUUCACUUGGAGGAAUCUCUUCUUCGAUACUUAGCAACAACGGGAAGGACACAGAACUGAAGCAGGAAGACCAGCAACUUGCAACCGAAGAACAAGAGCUUAGGGAAAAGCUGGAAAGAGUGAUCAAACAGAGGCUGGAUAUAAGACGGGAGAGAGAGACACUUUAUGCUGAGACCAAGGAUCUGUUGAGCAGAGGGAAGAAUGGCGACGCCAAGAUUCGGGCUGCCAAGAAGGAGCUGAGGCAGGCUCAACUUAAGUUGAAAUCUUUGACAGAUGAAUGGGACUUCUUCAAGGAUCAAUUCUUUUAGGACCUAACUAAGCUUCAUGUGUUUGUUCAUGCUUGAACUCAGUUGUUGAAUAAAUAUUUAGUAGCCUGUUGGAAUGUCAUGUAAAUAUGUACAAUUCCUGGACAAUGGAUCUGUUUUAGCUUGAUAAUGAUAAGUUGAAGAAACUGGAAUUUAUAUA